AUGCACAUGUCUGGCGCGCACGACGGCAGCGGCGGCCCCACCUCGGAGGAGCUGGCGGCCGCCGGGCUUUCCUCCUCCGGCCUGGGCCUGUCCCACUCCAUUUUUGGCGGCGCGUCGCACCUGCUGCCCCACCUCUCGCAGCUGGGCCCCCCGGGGUCCAACCCCGGCGGACCCGCCGGCCCCGGUAACGCCAUGGCCCUGCUCCCGGGCCUGGGCUUGGGUGCACUGCCGCCAGGGACAAGCCCCGAGGCCCUGCUGGCCUUGCACAACGCCCAGAUCGCGGCGCUGCAGGCGCACGGCGGCGCGGGGCAGAUGGGCCUGAGCGCAGAGAUGCUGGCGGCCGCCGCGUCCGGCGGUUUCGCCAUGGCCGGUGGCGAGCACGGCCAAUUCCCGACCCUGGGCCCGGACAUGCAGCCCAUGGGGCUGGACCCCGCGACCCUGGCGGCGGUGGCGGGGGCCCAGGGCGGCCAGAUGGCCAUCCCGCUCGACUUCCUGAGCCUGCCGCACCUCUCCCCGGAGCUGCUGCAGUCCAUCCAGGCCGGCAACCUGCCCUUCAACAUGCUGCCCGCGGGGUACGGCAUGGCCCCCAUGGGCAGCCCCACGGAGCAGCAACCCACCGCCGACCCAAACAUGGUGUACAAGAACUGGUGGGACGAGGAGGACGAGAAGGAGCUGCUGAGGUUUGUUGGGGAUGGCGAGUACCGCCGCCUGAAGCUGGGCAGCGAGGAGUUGGACUGGCAGGCGCUGGAGGCCCACUUCCGGCGCUCCCAGAACGCGCUGCGCAAGAAGUACUGGAUGCUGAGCAAGGCGCCCAUGCCGGGGACGAUGGAGGCCACGCCCAAGCAGCGCGCCGAGCGCAAGAACUGGACGGAGGAGGAGACCGCGGAGCUGAAGCGGCUGGUAGCCGCGCAGUCGGGCGCGGAUGGGGAGUCCGUGGACUGGGAGAAGCUGGCGGCGCACUUUGGCACCAGCGUGCAGACGGUGAAGCGCAAGCACCGGCACGCCCAGGAGCACCUGAGCCUGGCCUCGGGCACCCCGGCAUCCACGGAGAAGGGCAAGCGCCAGCACCACCGCAAGAAUGUGCCGUACCGAUGGAUGAUCGUGUAUGCGCUGAGCCAGCUGCCCGGCCUGGAGGGCACGGCGCUGCAGAUUUUCGACGUCAUCGAGGGCUACGCCCCCUUUGUCGACCAGCUGGAUACGCGCAUCAUGCCGGGGACAAAGCACGUGCCAAGGUGGAAGAUCCAGGUGCGCAAGGUGCUGAGCGCCGACAACAUCUUCCGCAAUACGGGGCACAAGCAGAAGCACGAGACGGUGUGGCAGCUGGACCCGGUGGCGCUGCAGGAGACUAAUGCGGAGCGCCAGCGCCAGCGCGCCGGCCUGCCCCCCUUCCAGUUCCCGACGGAGCAGGCCGAGGGGCCGCAGGGCGGGGAGGGCGCCGCCCCGUCGCAGCACCUCGGCAUGGGCAUGCCGCACUCGCUGGGCCUGGAGGCUGGCCAGGGCGGGUACGGUGCGCGCCCCGCUCACAACUACGAUGAGGCCGCUCGAGGCAGGGGCUGA